CACCCCACCCGAGCCCCGCACCGCGAGCCCGGCCGCUGCGGACCCCACCCGAGCCCCGCACCGCGAGCCCGGCCGCUGCGGACCCCACCCGAGCCCCGCACCGCGAGCCGCUCCGGCCGCUCCGGACCCCACCCGAGCCCCGCCAUGUCCGGGGAAGAGGCAGCGGCGCCCCCGGCCCCCGCCGAGCCGGCCCCCCCGGCGGAGCAGCGGGCGGCGGGCGGCGGGGACGCGCCCCCGGCGGAGCCCCAGUACCGGGCCCUGGUGCUCUCGGGCUUCGGCGGCUACGAGAAGGUGAAGGUGCAGGUGCGGCGGGGCGAGCCCAGCCCGCGGCCCGGGGAGCUCGCCGUGCGGGUCCGAGCCUGCGGCCUCAACUUCGCCGACCUGCUGGCCCGGCAGGGGCUCUACGAGCGGCUGCCGCCGCCGCCCGUCUCCCCCGGCAUGGAGUGCGCGGGCACCGUGCUGGCGCUGGGCGAGGGGGUCACCGGCCGCCAGGUUGGUGAUAAGGUGAUGGUGCUGGCCAGGGCAGGGCUCUGGCAGGAAGUCGUGACUGUCCCAGCCAAUCAGACUUUCCUGAUGCCUGACGGAAUGAGCUUCGAGGAAGCAGCCGCCUUUCUGGUCAACUACAUCACGGCGUACAUGAUCCUCUUUGACUUUGGGAACCUGAGACCCAACCAGAGCAUCCUCAUCCACAUGGCUGCCGGGGGGGUGGGAACAGCCGCCAUUCAGCUCUGCAAGACGGUGGAGAACGUCACCAUCUUUGGCACUGCCUCUGCCUCCAAGCAUGACGCCCUCCGGGAAAGCGGGGUCGCUCACCCCAUUGACUACAGGAGUAUGGAUUACGUGGAGGAGGUCCGGAAGAUCUCCCCCAAAGGAGUCGACAUUGUCUUGGAUCCACUGGGAGGAUCGGACACGUCCAAAGCAUUCAACCUCCUGAAGCCAAUGGGCAAACUCAUAACCUAUGGGGUGGCCAACCUGCUCACUGGGCAGAAGAAGAACCUGGUGGCCAUGGCGAAGACAUGGUGGAACCAAUUCAGUAUCAACGCUCUGCAGCUCCUGCACCUCAACAAGGCCGUGUGCGGCUACCACCUGGGUUACAUGGAUGAAGAAUUUGAGCUCAUUGGGGGUGUUGUGGCCAAGCUGGUUAGCCUGUACAACCAGGGCAAAAUCAAACCCAAAAUAGACUCCGUAUGGCCCUUUGAGCAGGUGGCCGAUGCCAUGAGGCAGAUGCAGGAGAAGAAGAACGUUGGGAAAGUCAUCCUAGUUCCUGAACUGCCGAAGGAAGAACCCAAAAAAGAGGAAAACUAAAGCAAGGAGACCUGUCUGCAGGUUGUGAAUUUGUGGUUUAACUCCUAACCCUUUUGGGACCUGGGAAUGGACGGCUCAGUCCCUGCCAUCUUCCCCAUUAAGGGAAUGAUAAAUUUUUAAAGCCAGUUCUAGGACUGUGAGCACCUUGGGUUGUGAAUCAUAUGCACCUGCCAUAGCCAGCCUCUCCCAGGUGUGAUUGUGUAACAUUGAAUGUGACACCUCCAGCCUUAGCCCUGCUUUUCUCACCUGGUUGUUAUAUUUCCUUUCCCAAAUUCCAAACCAAGUUCUUCUUCUCUGGCAACGCCUCUCUGGCCUCCAAGCAGUCAGUGACUAAUGGCUGCGUAGUAUGUUGCUGCAAAGUGUAAACGCAAAUUGUUAUGGCAACCAUUGACUGUCUCCAUAGAAACCGAGCCCUUUUUGCAGUCUUAAGAUGCACGUUCGACAGACGAAUGUGCCAAGCCAGAGAUGCUUGUCAAUGAAAUUGCUGUAGGAAAAAAACAUCAGACCUUACGUUGUUCUAGUGCUGGUUAUUUCUUUGCCAUUAUUCCUGCUGUCACAACACUUCCCUUCCUCCUCCCCUCCUCUUCCCCACACCCCCAGUCCUAGGCCUUUAAUGCCAAUCAGCUGGCAAAAGGCCAGUUUUUCUAAGCCCAGCUUAGUAUCUUACAUGCUGGUCACGCUGUAGCUUUUUAAUUUGCUGUUCCUUCUCUGUUCACGCUGCAUGUAUCCUGAGGAGGAGUUAGGCUGGUGCUAUAUGAAUACUAAAGAGAAAUUUCAAUUCAACAAUUUGCUCUCGUCCAUUUUCUGCUCCCAAACCGUUAGGGAAAGUCUAAACCAAUUCUGUGGUCAAGGCUGGGUCUGGAGACUGAAAGAACUCAGCUGUGUCUCCGAAAUGACUGACCCAUUUGUGUUGGCUCUAUGUGCUUUGUUAACGUUGGGCUCUGAAUGUCCGUCAGGCUAAACUUCACCCUCGUGUUUGUUACCAAGGGCUGCAAUGUGAAAAGGUGUCUGCAAGACUGGGACAAAACAAGCCUCAUGGUCGGCCUUUGCUUCUGCGGUUGUGUGUGCUAGGAGGGGGAUGCUGCAGCUCUAGAAGUGAGCAGGCCCAGUAAAGUCUGCGCUGGCAUCCUCCCCCUGGGCCAGCCUGUGGUUCUGAGUGAGUCACACGCUGUCUGGGCUUAGACCUGUCGAACCCGCUGGCGUGAGGCUCUCGCCUGGUUAGAUCCUGGCUUUUGUUUUUCACUUUCCAUUCCAGUUUUAAUUGGCUUUUCAGAUUCUCCCCUAGUCCCAGGCUGUCCCCAUGGCCUCUGCCCGUCCCUAUGGCUGGCUAGCUAGCGCCGAAAGGGGGCUUGCAGCUUGUCUGCUCGAAUCAUGAAGUGCCAGUGUUUUCAGGGUACUUCCUAGUGCUGCUGAGAUGCUGGGAACUGCCCAGUGGGCUCCUCUCUCUAGGAAGAAAACUGGGCUUGCCCAUGCCAGGCGUGCAGGUAAAGCUGUGGGUGGGAACCUGAACGGUUCAGUCUGUGAGCAUCUAAACUUGUCCUUGUUUAAUGUCCUGACUGGCGCCGCCCCUUCCAGUGGUGCUCGGUCUCCUGCUGCAGUCCCAGGACUUGGCGCUUGUCAGGUUUGGCCCUGCUGGGUGGCGGAUGGCGCAGUAGCUCAGGCUUUGCUUGUAUUUUGGAUUUGGUAACUGAAGGGACCAAGCCCCCACCUACCCCCUUUUCGUAAAGGUGCCAUAGCAGAAGCAAAAUGCUGCUCUUAAGAGCAAACAUGGAUCUCCUGGGUCCCUCCCCCCAUUAAAGAAAACCUGGCCCAGCAUCAGCACGAGGACUGUAUUGUGCAAGGAAAAGGAAGGCGACGGUCUCUAUUAGCUGCAGCCGCCCCAGGAGGCGUAAGUGGUGCUUCGCUCAGCCAUGCGGUUUUAUCGACCUAGCUCCCAGAGUAGACAACGCUGCUCCCAGCGACACGGCCACCGCCUCCUCGGGGGGCGCGGUACGUACGCCGACAGGACAAGCCUUCCUCUUGGCGCAGGCAGCUUCUUCACGGGUGCGCUACAGUGGGGCAGCUGCGUUAUCUCAUCAGUGCAGCCUGGGUUUCAGUUCCUAGCUCUCUGACCCUGCUGGGCUGCAUGAGGCCUGGAAUCUGGAGGAUUCACUUCAGGUAAAAAAUGGUGCCCAACAUUUAGGACUUCAGAAAGGGAACCACGAUUGGGUUCAGACCCUCUUCUGUCUUCGUUCCUUCCAUUCGUGACACGGGGGUUGACUCCCCUGAUGUGAUGCAGCAGAACUCACACGCACAACUUUUUUCUAACCUUUUCUAAAUACAAACUCUCCUCGCUGGGUUUUUCCCCUCUCAGAACCGCUCCUGCCCAGUGAAUUAGAUUUUACUUUCCAUUGUUUUGUGCCAUUUCACUGCAGAUUUGUAAAAACAGUUCAGACACUUGUUUGCUAUAAAAGGAAAAGCCCAAGACCUACUCUUGUCCAAAUCUUGGCUUCACCUUGAGACAGGAGGAGUCUGGACUAACUGCACCGCAAAGCUUCAGGUUCUCUAGAGUCUUUGAAAGGGGGAAAAUGAUCCCACUUUCCUACUUCCCUUGGCUCUACUCUGCCAGCUGAGAGCACCUGGUGCCUUACUCUGGCCCUAUCCUGGGCACUAUCGCAAGGCUUUUGUAGUCUAGUCCCCCUUUUGAUACAGCGUGAAGGAAGCAAAUGGGAAUAUCUUGUAUCUUCCUGUAGGACAACUCUGACGUAUGCUGCAUUGCAUAGAAAACAGUAUCUCAGUGCCUUUUCUAGACCACUUGUAAGACUAGCAAGUCACUGAAGCCUUUGCCAUACUGGCCUCUUAAAAUACUGCCAAAAAACUAGUGUGCUGCAUAAUAGAUAUGGCUUGUGGUACACAAGUGACCUAGCUCUGCUUACCCUCCGCCUUGAUAUACUCUUCGUACACGUGCGUUUUAUGGACUCUCCAGGCUGAUCCCUGGAAGCUCCUGCUCCAGAGCCUAAGCAGCAGUGCCUGCCGUAAGGCAAUGCCUCACCCAAGUUGGCUGCAUUUGGAUGUGGCCAAAGGUGAUGUCAGCCUGCCCGUGCGCGUCAGUAUCUCUAGGCCUGUCCUCUUGCAAAGCUUUGCUGGUUGUGGCCUCUCCUGAGGCUGAGGACGUUGAGGGUUUGUCGCCAUUGCGGAGACUCUCUGGAAUUUCUUUUCUCUUUGUUUGCAAUGUGUAGCUGAUGGUGAAUUUUCUACCUAUAAACUUCUCAUGCCCUUUUCAGUCUGACUUCUGAAUCCUUCUGAGCAAUUAGGUAGUCGUGAUAAGAGAUUAGCAUUGACUCUGCACCCCAGUAGCUACGUUUUCUACGGAAGAUUAAGUGUAACCUUGCGCUUUACUGCCUCACUGACUAAUGCUCUGUUCUAGAUUUUAUAGUAGCCUUUAUUUACCCUGGCGUUUUAGGGCCCAGUAAGUAUUAAACCUACUGAUUGUCAGACUUAAUACAACUUUAUUACCAGUGUCUCAAACAACUUGUUAAACAGUGAGUUGUUUUAGCAAGGACCAAAGCACAAUGCCAUUCCACUCCAGAAGAUGUCUGAUUAGAAGGAAGCAUGCUGAACAGUUGAGGGCACAGCUGGUGUCAUCCAGGGAACAAAGAGUGCCACGUUGCCUCUUAAAUUGUGCAUCGUUCCAAAAUAACUGAAGUGCAGCUUAAUGUUCAUUUUGCUAAUUGAUCAUUUUGACUCAAAUCUUGUGCCAUGGGUGCAAAAUGGCUGAAGGGCAAAAGUUUGUGUCGUGAUGCUAUGAGCACUAGCUAAAGGUUUCUGUGUUCCCUGCACUCUCUCCUGCUCCAGUUUGCAGGGUCUUCUGCCUUUGGUAUGUAUGUGUAGAUUGUGAAAUCCAGUGGUAUCUGUCUAAGUGUGACCUAACCAUCAUUGCUGUAUCUGUUACCAAAACUGCCAGUCCAGGAAGGGGCCCUUAAACACAACUUUACGUACUUUGCCAUCCUCAGGCGGCUUUAGAACUAAAAAGCUUGUUUAGUUCAAUAAGAAAUUUAUUAAAGUUACAAAUGUUUCUUGCACCUGGGAGAUGGGAGUGGAGCUCAGCUUGCACAAACAUAAGCCCUGUUGAGAACCGUAGCUACAUCAAGACUGUAUUUGAGAGAUGGGGAAAGGUCCUACAGACACCAGGGAAAGGAGUUUAGCUGCAUGUUUAGUUACAAACCAGCUGUGUGAAGUAGAGUUGUGGGCAUCAGACUUCAACCAAUGCAGGAAUCUGACCCAUCUGCAGCUGCUGUCAGAGGUAUAAGACCACUCCUGUUGCCAAAUGAAGUCUUGGAUGCCCCAAGCGCUGGUGAUGGCAGAGGGUGACGGGCAGGUAGCGUAUGAGCACGGUGUGAGAAUGCGUUGCUCUUGGAGCCUCUUACGACACAUGGCAGUGUCUGUGCCGUCCAGCUGAUUUGCGGAGAUGAGAUACGAGGGGCUGUUGUCCUACAGCACGGCGCCUUUAAAAAUAAUUAUAUUCCGCUUUGUGCGUGUAACCAAGUUGAACAGAAAGCGAUUGUGCCAAUGCUGUUUACAUGACUACAACGUGUAAUGCUCUUCUGCCUAACGUUACCGUAUGCCUUACGUGUUUCAAAUGUUAAUUAAAAGCAUAACAAAAUC